AUGAGUGACACAGCGGACGACGUGAGAUGGAUCAGCCGCCUUCCCAGAUUUCCGCCUCCGGCGAAGCAGCGCAGCGCAAGGUUUUACUUUACGCCGGAGGUGGACAUUUUUCUUUUACGGGAGGUGCUGGCCGUCAACCCUUUUGAGGAUAGUUCGAGAUGGGGCGCCAUCGCUCGCAACUUAUCGGCGGUGUUGCUGAGGAAUGUUCUUGCCCGGAGCCUUCGGGACCGCCUCGAUUUGUUGCUCGCGCAGUUCGCCGCGCGCGACAGAGAAAAUCUAAGAAGAUCUGGAACAGAAGAAGAAUAUAAUGAAAAAGAGAGGCUGCUGGCAGAGGUAUACCACUUAGCACAGAACAGUGGGUACUGCUUAAAAGGUAGUGCCGUAAGGAAAGUUGCAGCUGCAGCAAAACAGCAGCUGAAGCAGGAGCAAGCAAAAUUGGAGCGCCCACCUACAGAAAAGAAAAUAGCUGCAGCAAUCCGAGACCUAGGCGCCUCAGAAUUUGAAGCAACUGGAAGGCAGUGGAUGUCUGUGGAUGAGGACGUACUGUCUUCGCAUGAUGAAGACAACAUGUGGUACACAAACGUCUAUGACCUGGGGGAGGCCCAAGCUUCAGCUACCUGUGAUGACUGCGAGGUGCUGGCAUCAGUUCCACAACUACCCGCCAGCACCUUGGAAAAAGGCGUGAGGAUCGCCACUUGCAGUUUUUCGAAAAAAGGCUGCAACAUGAGAAAGGGGCCUGGAGCAGGGAUAGAGAAAUGGAAAAAGAGCGGUUGGCCCUAGAAAGGGAACGCCUUGCAGUCGAGGACCGCCGCAUCACUUUAGAACAAGAAAGGCUCACCUUGGACAGAGAGGUAUUUCUCCAAAAAAA